GGGGGCAAACGGAGAAAGUCUCGCGCCUAGGUGUGAGCAGAUUAUUCAAAUAGGGCCGAGUGCUGAAGGGAUUGGAGGCUCGCCCGGCGCUCACAGUUUAUAUCACAGCGUUAAGAGGCGCAAGCGGGCGUCACUGAGCUCCAGUCAUCAGCGGCCACGGCUACCUCCCACACACACAGAUACACACACACACAAACACACACACAUGCGCCAGCCCCUGACGGCAGCAGAGCACGGCGACACGAGUAGCCCGUGGUUCCAAACAGCCACAGCCUGCCAGAGGACGCUCGUGUGUGGGAAAGCGUUUUUUGAGAAAGUGGACGAAACUUCCAGGAUGCUUGGUGCUGUCAAAAUGGAAGGACACGAACACGCAGACUGGAGCACCUACUACGGAGAACCUGAGUGUUACACCUCUGUUGGCAACAUGAACACUGGCCUUGGAAUGAACUCCAUGAACACUUACAUGACGAUGUCAGGAAUGAGCACGACGGCUAACAUGACCGCUAACACCAUGAACAUGUCGUACGUGAACACGGGCAUGAGUCCGUCCAUGACGGGCAUGUCUCCGGGCGCCGGGGCGAUGGCCGGGAUGGGUGCGAGCAUGACGGGGAUGAGCGCGGCCCUGAGCCCCAGCAUGAGCCCCAUGACGGCGCAGGCGCCCGCCAUGAACGCGCUCGGUGCCUACCCCAACGUCAACCCCAUGAGCCCUAUGUAUGGCCAGUCAAACAUGAACAGGGCACGCGACCCCAAAACGUACCGCCGGAGCUAUACGCACGCCAAACCGCCCUACUCGUAUAUCUCACUCAUUACCAUGGCCAUCCAGCAGUCACCCAGCAAAAUGCUGACGCUGAGUGAGAUCUACCAGUGGAUCAUGGACCUCUUCCCUUUCUACCGGCAGAACCAGCAGCGCUGGCAGAACUCUAUUCGCCACUCACUCUCCUUCAAUGACUGCUUCGUCAAAGUACCGCGAUCACCGGAUAAGCCGGGAAAGGGCUCCUUCUGGACGCUGCACCCGGACUCUGGAAACAUGUUUGAGAACGGCUGCUACCUGCGCAGACAGAAGCGCUUCAAGUGCGAAAAGAUGAUGGGCAAAGAGGGCGGUGGGCGGAAAGCUGGGGACGGAGGCUCACACGGAAGCCCAGAGAGCUGCAACGGCAACGAGACGCCACCUUCACACUCCCCUGUCCAUGACCACAAGCGCGCGCUGGGAGAUAUGAAGUCCGCCCGUGGUGUGAGUCCAGACCCAGCGGAUUCGCCGACCACCCAACACCAGCAGCAGCAACAGCAACAGCAGCAGCAACUCCUAGUCCAGCAUCACGCGGUCCUUGCGCACGACGCCCACCUUAAACCUGAGCACCACUACUCGUUCAACCACCCGUUCUCCAUAAACAACCUCAUGUCCUCCGAGCAGCAGCACCACCCGCACCAUAAAAUGGACUUGAAAGCCUACGAGCAGGUCAUGCACUACGGCUACGGCUCUCCCAUGGCCGGCGCAGCCCUUUCCAUGGGAUCUGUGGCCAGUAAAGCCAGCUUCGACUCGUCGCCGCUGGCUGCAGACACGUCCUAUUACCAAGGCAUGUACUCCAGGCCCAUCAUGAACUCAUCCUAAAGGCUGUUCUCGCACAGCCUUACGGACCCUUAAAAGGAACUUUGUACAUUUGUAAAGAAAAUGCAUUUUGUGCAUUAUGUAUUCUCUGGACAUUUUUCUUGCUACCGUUUAUUCUCGUUAAUUUAGUGGUCGAGUUUAUUAGUAAAUAUUUUGUAAAAAAAAAAAAAGGGAACAAUAAUAAAAACAAAUAAUAAAAACAAACAUUGUGAAGAAACGAAUGUCAUGAACUCAAGGCAAAAUGGACCAAAAAAUCGCGCCUGACAACUGAAAGUCUUGCACCAACAAAAGGGACAAAGAACAGUCCAUGUUGUGAAUAAAAAAACAACAACAAAAAUAAUCCCAAACCUUAUUUAUGGCUUGUAAAUGUGUAUUCUUGUAGUUGACAAGAACAGAAUCUAUAUUAAAGUGUUAUUUGAAUUUUUA